AUGGAUGAAGCACGUUCUCUAAGGUUCUCCGAUAUACGAGGACUUGCCUUGAGUGUGGCGUUCGUGCUGUUCGGUUUUAUCGGUUGUAUACUUAGUGUAUCUGCAGAAACCGUUUGCAUUCGGCAGACACUGUCACAAGCGUUCGUUGCUGCCGAACAUCGAACAUUGAGAAAUGCCACAAUCUGGUCAGGUUUGGUUGGUAGUCGUGUCACUUGUGUCAGCAAGUGUCACUCGUUACCUGCGUGCAAAUCGGUCAACUACUAUCUACUCAAUCGAGUAUGCGAUCUCAACAAUGCCACAAGAAUCGAUGUCCCGAGUAAGUUCGUCGCAGACUACGCCAGCGUGUACUUCGAUGGUAAUGGCGACACACCUGGGUUCUCCGUAGCGACUGACAGCGAUUGCCAGAGUUUACUGGAGGCAGGUUACAGUGUGAGCGGUAUCUAUACGAUAUUCCCCGCGGGAUUCGCGGAUGGUCUGAGGGUGUACUGCGACAUGGAGACCGACGGUGGAGGCUGGCUUGUCAUUCAGAGGCGUCAGGAUGGCAGUGUCGACUUCUACCGCGGCUGGGCUGACUACCGCGUGGGCUUUGGGGACUUGGCUGGUGAGUUUUGGCUCGGCAACGACAACUUGCGCACCUUGAGUAAUUCUGGAUCUUGGGAUCUUCGAGUCGAUUUGGAGGACUGGGAUGACAACACAGCCUGGGCCGAGUACGGAGAUUUUAAAAUCUCAGGACAGGAUUUUCGUUUGAGUUUUGAUUCGUACAAUGUCCAAAGUACUGUUGGUGACUCUCUUGACAGGCACAACGGUCAGCCCUUUUCAACAAUGGACAAUGACAAUGACUUGUAUCCUACCCAUAACUGUGCAGAGGCCAAGAAAGGAGCUUGGUGGUACAGCGACUGUUAUGAUUCAAACCUGAACAGUAUGUACUUUAAUUCAUCCUGGGAAAUAGACGGAGACUAUCGAGUGAUUGCAUGGAAAUCAUGGAGGGGUGAAAUUUAUUCCUUGAAAAGUUGCAGUAUGAAGAUUCGAUUGGCAAUGUAAGAUUAAAACUUCAACGACCGAGAUUACUUUGUCUCAAAUGAAUCACCUCUUGGUAAUAGGGAACGUUAAGCAGGGAACGUACAUACGUGAACCCGCAUGCGGAAACACAACCAAUGGUCAGAACAACGCAAAGUGUGAGUUCGAAUUUUCCGUUAGUUCCAUUACCCCUUUGAAUUUCUUCUGAGGCCGUAAUCGUCAAAAUGUGACAGACAAGACAGUGUUGACGAUUAUUUAUCAAGAAAUCAACAGUAGUGUGUGUAACUUG